AUCGGGAGCUUGGAAAACUACUAUCACUUUCACCACAGCAGGACGUUCAAGCGCUCGACGCUGAGCAGCCGGGGACCGCACAACUUCCUCCGCAUGGACCCCAAGGUACGCUGGGUGCGGCAGCAGGAGGUGAAGCGGCGGGUGAAGCGGCAGGUGCGAGGCGAGCCGCACGCUCAGCCCUUCAACGACCCGGUGUGGCCCAACAUGUGGUACCUGCACUGCGGCGAUAAAAGCAGUCGCUGUAGGUCGGAGAUGAACAUCCUGGCAGCCUGGCAGAGGGGCUACACUGGCAAAAACGUGGUGAUCACCAUCCUCGACGACGGUAUAGAGAGGAACCACCCCGACCUCCUGCAAAACUACGACCCUCUUGCCAGCUAUGACGUCAACGGGAACGACCAUGACCCAACUCCACGCUACGAUGCCAGCAACGAGAAUAAGUCCGUGGCAACCACGCCAAUUGCUAACGAACCCCUGAGCCAUCGAAUGAUGUGCUGGGGUGGGGAAGAGGGAGGCAUUCGUAUGUUAGAUGGCGAUGUAACAGAUGUUGUUGAAGCGAAGUCGCUUGGCAUCAGACCCGAUUACAUUGACAUUUACAGCGCGAGCUGGGGGCCAGAUGAUGAUGGGAAGACAGUUGAUGGACCUGGUCUAUUGGCCAAACAGGCUUUUGAGCAUGGCAUUAAAAAG